AUGUCUAAAACACAUGGAAGCGGCAUCUUCAGCAACGAUGUUUCACUAGACUAUGUACACAAAAAUGAUUUAAAGAAGGAGGAUACUGUUACGGCCACUGAGAGUCCCAAAAGUCCAGUACUUGCGAAUGACUCGUCGGCUCAUACCGUUGAAGUGAAUUCCCCUUCAACCCCUCAAGUAAUGAUAUCGCCUGCUGAGACAACAGUUAAAGGGCCCGAUUUUGUGCGAACACCUCCUUCUACACAUGCGAAUCCUGAAACUCCUACAGCUGCAGCCCCUGAUCGACCGCAACAGUCCUUGAAGAAAGGUGUUAAAGACUUUAAAUUUGGCGAGAUUUUGGGUGAAGGAUCGUAUUCUACCGUAGUAACUGCUACAGACAUUGUCACUCAUCGGGAAUACGCUAUUAAAAUUGUUGAUAAGCGACAUGUUAUUAAGGAGAACAAAGUUAAAUAUGUCAACAUCGAAAAAGAUGCACUACACAGGCUGUCUCAUCACCCAGGAAUCAUUCGGUUAUAUUUUACGUUCCAAGACGAGUACCGGCUCUAUUUUGUCUUAAGCUUGGCUAGCAAUGGCGAAUUGUCGGACUAUAUUAGAAAGUUUACAGAGCCUUGUGCGCAGUUUUAUGCCGCUCAGCUGCUUGAUGUCAUCGAUUAUAUCCACGAAAACAAUAUCAUUCACCGGGACUUGAAGCCUGAAAAUAUAUUGCUAGAUGAAAACAUGCGGAUUAAAGUAAUUGACUUUGGUUCUGCCAAACUUAAUGUCGUAGAUACUCCUAUCAAAGCCGACAGCGAAGACGGUGCGAGUAAGCCUGAUGCUCGAAAGUCUUUUGUGGGAACGGCUGAGUAUGUGUCUCCAGAAGUGCUGUUGGACAAGUAUGUGUGCCGUGCCUCUGAUAUCUGGGCUUUUGGCUGUAUACUAUAUCAAAUGUUUGUCGGACGUCCACCCUUCCGCGCUGCAAACGAGUAUCAGGUAUUCCAAAAUAUUUUACAUUUGCGUUAUGAGAUACCCGAUGAUGUUCCACCCUCUGCGGCGGAACUUAUUCGCGAAAUCCUUUUAUUGGAUCCCAAAGAACGACUUACAAUUAAUGAGAUACGAGAGCAUCCAUUUUUCGAGGGAGUCACCUUUGGAAAGCCAUUGUGGGAAGUGACUCCGCCGAGACUGAAACCAUCCCUCUAUAUCAACUUGCCCAACGAUAACCCUGCCCUCGAUCCCAGCACCAUGCUGAAGCCUUCGGACACUCCUGUUGAGCCCUCUUUUAAUCGUGAAAACGCUAGCCCGUUGUCUUUGACGCUUUCCUCUAACUUUGCGUCUAUGUCAUCUUUGCAACUUGCUGAAAAAAGCCAGAAUGCCGCCGAACUUGCGGAGUUCAAUAACGAAUGGAGCGUUAUCUUACAACCGGGCGAGGCUGUCUGUAGAGCGGGUAUAGUGAACGUUCUUCCUUUGGCCGGCAGCAGUGAGACGGAAGUUCAUCGAUUUUUCUCAAAAAUAUUUCGCAAGCGUCGACGUCGUCUGUUGCUUAUCACCACUCUGGGUCGUUGUCUAUUUGUGAGUAAAAACAGUGACGGUGAGAAGUCUAUCAAAGAGGAAAUUCCCAUUCAAAGUGUUGGUCUUCGUAUAAAACCUGUGCCAAACUCGCCAAAUAGAUGGACUGUUGAGACGCCUACGAAGACGUGGUCUCUUGCAGACCCGCAUUGUUUAGCAUCGGACUGGAUUGAGUGUCUCACGAAUGCGAGUAUGAUAUCUACAGCGCAUGCAAAUGGUUCUGUUUCGAGUUUCUCCCGGAGUGUGGCUCGUUAA